AUGUUCCGCAAGGGCGCCUUUCGCUCUGCAGUCGUUUCUGCAGAGUUACCCAACACCACUUCGCUGGCUCAGAAGCAAGAGGCGAUUGACAGCAAACCCGCUACCCAAUCGUCAAUAUUCUUUCUUCCAUUCCGGCGUCUCCAUCGCCGAUCGCAAAGCCAGAGGUCAACUCCUACGACGAAACAUGCCUUGUUACCAUCUGGAAAUGUGCCGAAGGCGGGACCAGACCCGUUUGGCCUCCAGGCUGUGUACGAACCGGAGGUAUCAAGCGGCGAUAUCGUCUUCGUCCAUGGCCUGGGGGGCACUGCAUGGCGCACAUGGUCUUGGGAGAGAGAGACGGCAAAUUUUUGGCCCCGUUGGCUCUCCGAAGACGUCGAAUUCUCAUCUGUCCGCAUGUGGACCUUCGGAUAUAAUGCCAACUUCAAGGGCGCUGCGACCAACCUCAAUAUCAAGGAUUUUGCAAAGGAUCUACUUCUUCAGCUCUCCAGCGCCUUCGCUGGCAGUGGUCAGGAUGGACCCAUCAUCUUCGUGGCGCACUCGAUGGGCGGGCUCGUUGUGAAGCAGGCCUACCUCCUUGGGAAAGCCGACAAGCAUUUCUCGCAGCUCAUCGACAAGGUAUUCGGCAUAGCAUUCCUAGCAACGCCGCAUGGAGGUGCCCAAUAUGCCAGGCUACUCAAUAACGUCCUUUCUGCCGCCCCAAUUGCAGGCCACCCGAAGCUCUAUGUUGCCGAACUCGAGAAACAAUCUGGCUCUAUCCAAGACAUAAACGAGAAGUUUGGGCAAGAUUGCGAGGACUUGGCCUUGAUCUCGUUCUAUGAAACUCUCAGGACCAACCUUGGCUUUACCAAGGCUCUCAUUGUCGACAAAGAUUCGGCCAUCCUUGGCUACGAAAACGAAGUGUCAGCGCCCAUGGAUGCCGACCAUCACACAAUUUGCAAAUUCAAAGACAGACAAGACUCGAAUUUCUUGAAGCUACGAGGAGUCUUGAAGAGUUGGGUCCUUCGUCACAUCAAUCCUGAUCAGCUUGACCACCCCACAAGCCGGACGAGAAACGCCAAGGUAGUAAUAAAGGUGCAGGCUAUAUUGGGCGUACAUGAUGCGGCAGAGACAGAAGACAACUUGAUCGCGAUGGGAAACCUACUGGCAAGCGGAUCCGGAGAGUGGCUCAAUGAGAAAAGGGGGUUCCUUUCCUGGGCCGAGUCUCAGCCACCAAUGCUCAGCACCAGAUUCUUCUGGCUGAUCGGGUUUCCCGGAGCAGGAAAAACCUCUUUGGCUGCGCGUGUGGUUGAACGGCUCCAAACCCUUGGACAAUAUGUGCAAUAUCAUUUCUUCAGUCUAGCACACCAGACCAGACGGACGAGUGCUUAUUGUCUUCGAUCAAUCGCCACUCAGCUGGCCCUGAGCAAUGAAGCCUUUCGAUCGGCCUUGAUCAAAUUACACGAAGGGACGGGGAUCUCGUUCAAUUCUCAAAGCCAAAACUUCCAAACAAUAUGGGAGAGGAUCUUCGUGGGGAUCAUCUUCCAGAUCCCCUUUCCGCAGCCUCUGACCUGGGUCCUCGACGGCAUCGAUGAAGCAGAUACGCCCUCUCUUUUGCUAUCCCAUCUCUCAAAAAUCCCUUCCCAUAUUCCCAUCAGAGGUUCUGAUACCAGCGAAGAUGUCCGCAUCUAUACACAAAACGCUGUUCGAAAUGCAAUCCCGGAAAACCCGAUCCUUCAGAAACAUGUCAUUGACCAGAUAAUGGAAAAUUCCUCGGGAUCCUUCCUCUGGGUCAAGCUAGCUCUCGAGACCCUCCAAGAAAGUUGGCAUACGCAGAAAGACAUCCAAGUAACCUUGAGCGAGGUCCCCAGCGGGAUGGCAGCCAUGUACAACAGGAUGCUGGAACCCAUCAAAUCCAGCAACCCCCGAACCCAGGAAUUGGCGACGAGGAUCGUGUCCUGGGCCGCAUGCUGCUGGAGACCCUUGUUCAUCGACGAGUUGAGAGAGGGUCUAGAACCUGAAUUUGGAACCUUCACGAACCUGACGGCCACCAUCACUCAGCUCUGCGGGAAUUUCAUUACCGUUGAUCAGUCAAGCUCGGUCGAGCCUCGCAUGUCACUAAUACAUGCCACUGCAAGAGAGUUCCUUCUAUCGGAUAACGAAGGAUAUUCUCCCUUCGUCGAUGCUGAGAAAGCACACGAGUAUAUGGCAAUAACAUGUCUAUCGUAUCUCUCUAAUUUUCGCUGGCAGCGCCAUUUCAGCUCUGUCCGCACAUCGGCUAGGAUGCUUCCUGAAAAGGGGAAGGCGUCCGACCUGGUCUUCGCCAACCAGAAAGGGUGCUCUUUGCUUGGUUAUGCCAGCUGUUAUUGGGCAUAUCACGUCUCUAACUCCCCGGUCGACGCCCCUGGGUUGUUGAAGGCGAUGGAUACCUUCUUCUCAAAUCAUUGUCUGUAUUGGAUCGAAGGUAUCGCACUGUCUGGGGACCUGCAAUAUCUUUCGAGAGCAGCCAAGUAUCUGAAACUCUACGUCAAGAGAGGAACAGGGAAAUCAAGGACAGCUGGUCCGGAUGCUGCGCUCCCUUUGAAGGAUGCCCAAGAGGGGUUCGGCUGGAUUCAGGCCUGGACGGUCGACAUCGUCGGGAUUCAAUCCAUGGUUGGCCGAGCAUUUGGGACCCAUCCUUCGGGAUCUCUGACGGUAGAGGGACUACCAUCGACGACUUGGGACGACUGUCUCGCGAACGUCGAUGUUGGAGGAGGGGCCGAUGCCUCGCAAGUCCUCGCAACCGAAACGCUCUUCAUUGCCCUGAUUAGUCCGUCCGGGAUAGUGACUGUGUGGAGUGCCGAGGCUUGCGAAAAACUGAAGACAAUACGCCAAGGAGAGUAUGUAACCAAGAUGGUCCUCAACAGCUCUGGCACACUUCUCGCAACCUCUGGAUAUCACGGUGUGGUGCUCGAUUUUGCCUUCGGACGCGAGGAUUCGGAACUCCUCGUUGGGCUAGACAACUGCGCCAUCAUAUUCUACAGUCUCAAGUCCGGAAAGAGCCAGAAUGACUCGAUCCUGUACCCGGACCAGCUCAAGUGGCGGCAGGAAACGGGGUCAUUGAUGAUACUCUGCAACAACACCAAGCUUGUUGAAUGGCGGAUUUUCGACAACGAACAGGUCGAAUACGAUCACAUCAAUGCCCGAGAUAUUGCAAUUAGCGACAACGCGGAAUUUCUUCUGUCCAGCGACACUCAGGGCACCAUUAAAAUUUGGGCCUUCCCAAAACUGGACCUCAUAUACAGCCUGCUCAACCCCAAGGAAAACGAAUCCUGCCAGGAUUUGGUUUUCAGCCCGAAUUGCCAGCGCUUUUACGAUAUUAGGGGAUCUGUUUGCAAUGUCUGGGAGCCCAGCGCCUUGAUCCACCCCGACGAGUAUGAUCUCAACCCUUCGAGCUCCGCAGGGAGUUCCGCCUUAACAGCGGAGCCCAUAAUAGCCUCGACUGGCAGCACCCAGACCCUCAUCACGGCAAUGGCCGUCAGCUCCAGCGACAAGUACUUCUGCUGCGGAAGGGAAGACGGAUCCGUGAUCAUCGCCGACGCCUUCGACGGCAAGAAACUCCGCAAGGCAUACGGCCACACUUGCUCGACCGAAGUGGUCGAGCUGUCGUGGUCGAACUCGGGAAAGUACAUGGUGUCGUGCGACGAGUACGGUCGUGUCAUCUGCAAACGGCUCCAGUUCUUGUUCAGCAAAGACGAGAAAUUUCUCCUGGUCUCGACCAUGUCUGAAGACCGCGUUUGGAAUUUGAAAGCGAAGAAGGAGACACACGUUCGGAAGUGGGGUCCGUACCAGGCGAGACGAUGGGUGCAGCAUCCGACUAAGUUCCAUGAGCUGAUCUGGGUGGAACCAUCCCAACUGCGGACCUUCAAGUGGUCCUCGUUCGAGGUGGUGGACGUCGUCAGAAUCCCGUCCCACCCGACUGACCGAUCGGCUUCUCGUGAGGGGGGGGAGAAGUCAUCGUCCCGAUCCGCCAGCCCGUCAGGCCAUCCUCAGAAGAUGGUUCAGUGGGCCACAACUCUUCACACCGAACACGGCCAGUACCUGGUUUAUGCCGCUCUCCGGGGCGGCAACGGCAACGAUUUGGCAGCCUGCCUAUCUCAAUUCGGACUCGAGGUGGAGGUUCUGAAGAUUGCAGACUUCCUAACAGACCCGCCCCAGGGUGGCCGCGACGCCCCCACAGACCCCGUCUCCGAAGACGCGAAGACAACCAUACCCACCACCGCCCACAUGCCGGCCUCGCUCGCCGAGCACGUCAAGUUCCUGGUCGGCGUGCAGGGCUGCAACCUCGUCUUCCUCGACCACGAGGGCUGGCUGUGCACGUGGGACGUCCUGGCCGCCACGGCGCGCGGCGGCGGCGGCGGCGUGCCGUCCCCGACGACAGGCGCGACCGGCUCCUCCGGGGACGAGCAGCAAAGCGACCGCGAACACCCCGCCGUCGAGAGUGAUGACGAGGAUGUCGCUGGGCUGAAGAGGCAUUUCUUCACGCCCAAGGACUGGCUUAACACGAAUACGUCGCAUCUGGCGAUUGUGAAUGGCCAUGGGGCGCUGCUGUGUCCCAGGUAUGGGGAUGUCGCUAUUGUGAGGAAUGGGAUGCAGCUCUGAGUGCUAUUGCUGUUGAUACCGCCUUUCUGUUGAUGUUGGUGGCUAUUGCGGAUACUGUCAUGGCAGAGUCGUGUUCAUGGCCUUGGAGCUCGGAGUGGAAUGCAUAUGUUUAUAUCACUUGAACAUUGAAUAUAUGUUUGGGAAGGGUCAUUGACGGGUGUUACAUGGAUAUCAUGAAUCAUAGAC